AAUAUGAAAAUGGAGUUGCGCGGUAAGCUCAAAUGAAAACAAACUUACAAAGUUCGAGUUUUAGAUCGAUAGCCCGAAGAGAAUAGCAAAUCUAGACUCAGAUCUCAUCUCUUUCGCCCAGGCUGACCGCGAUCUGUGACUAAAUUGCUGUUUAGUGUAUUGAUUAAGCCUUUCUUACCAUUUCGCGUGUGUCAGUCAAAUGCAGGGCAGUUUCAAGAUACAGUUGAUUAACAUGGGGACCAGGGCGGCGGCCUGUGAGUCGAUUAUUGUUAAGAAAAGACGCCGCUUUAGGCUUAAUUGCUCGUUUAACCCGGCGUGAGCUUUUGAGCCGGACCUAGAGCUGUACUGUACCUACCUGCUUGCCCAUACCCAUCUUUUCUUGAUUUUUGUAUAAUUUAAGUAGGUAGGUACUUUAACGAGUUCCAUAUUAUGCUUUAUCGCCUCUCAGUCUCGUGUUUAUGAAAUAUCUAAUAUUAACAGUUGUAUUUAAUAAAGUAGCUUAAUUUUAAAUGAUAUAUAAAUUGUAUCAUUUUUAGUAAUUUUUAACCGACUUCAAAAAAGGAGGAGGUUCCCAAUUCGUCUGUAUGUUUUUUUUUAACUUACCAAGAAAACUUAUAACUUACUCAAGAAGUAGUCUUCAAACAAAUUACUAAUGGAAUUGUGUGAAAAUUGUACUAACGGAAAAGUAAUUUUUAGUCACUAAAUUAUUAUACACAUCAUAAAAUCAUGAAAAAUUAAGUAUUUGAGUGCUUCAAUUUUGUAUGAUACAUACAUGUAAAAGUCAAAAUAAUACAAGCUUAAGCUUGAAAAUAUUAUGAUUAUUGAAAGAAGGCAUUAUCUAGACUAAUACAUUACACAUUUGCACUUAUCAUCAGACGAGAUUAUGUUCAAGCCUAAGCUACGAGUUAUUUUUAUCCUUUUGAGACUGACAAGCUCACUUUGGGUUAAAAAGCACUUGCCACAGACUAAAUAAAAAGGAUAGACACAAUACAUGGUUUUAAGAAGAUAUAGUGUAUAUACUGUAUAUAGACUGAUAUACUAAUAAUUUAAUAUAACUAAUAUUGGAAAAAAAUUAACUUUCAUUCAAUAAUGAUGACUUUGAGGCAGAAUUCAGGUUGACAGGAGUAGGGGUGCCAAAAACAUGAAACAUACAGUAAGCUUAAAAAACCAUGCCAUGUAAAUCAUAAUCUGGAGAAAGAAAUUUGUGAUCUAAAUAAGAUUAGAUAAAUCUUUAUGUUAUAAAAUAGUAGAGGAAUAAGUAAUUAUAGUAUCUUCACAUAUCCUCUAAAAUCUCAACACAAUUUAUCAUAUUACACCAAGGGAGCUGCCUCCAAACAAAGUUCACAUACAACUAAAUGUUUUACACUGACACUUUCAGGAGAAAAAGAAAGGAGGUUGUUCCUGCAUUUGUCUCACCUUUUCAUCCAAGUCUGUGGCAUGCAUGCACGUCCAUUAAUGCAUUUCUUUUUCAGAGGUUCCUCGGCGACCUCAGUAAAAGCUUUUAGUGUGUACCCAAUGCAGACCGCGCAGGCGUCUGAUAACAUGCAGCUUGUUCUGGAGCCGCUGAACAUGAAAGUCACGGCGAAGAUCCGGAGCCUGUACGACUGCCAGCUCCGGCUGAUGCACAACAUCCAACCGCUGCCCUCGGGGACUGACAUCGCCAACACCGUCAAAUACUUCUCACAGACUCUUCUGAGUGUCCUGAAGGAUGUCCCGCGGUCUCCCCUGGAAAUGAUCCGCGAUGCAGACAGCGACGCCGAGCGCAUGGGCUUGUACCCCAACCUGGACUACAAGGGACUCUUCAACGCCAUCUCGCAACUCGUCGACUCUGCACCGCAUUUGCAAUAUGGCAUUCAAGCCUUCGGUCAAGCAGUGUUGCAGUGUCUCGGCUGCCUGCUGCCGUUCCUGGAGUACGACAUGAUCGACAACCUGCCGUACUUGGUGGCGUACUGCGUGGCCGUGUUCCCCGCCAACCUGCACCAGGGGAUAUUGCACCUGCUCUGCUAUUACAUACUGCCCUUCACUAUCACUCGGCGGUAUUCAGGCUUAGAAGAGGAGAGCGAGGCUUCUCAGUCGGUAGGCGCCAUCAUAAUGAUGGUAUUUCAGCAUUCCAGCAAUCCAGCCCAUCACUGCCAACUGCUGGAGUGCCUCAUGUCCAUGAAGCAGUGGGUGGUGAAGGACGUGCUGUGUGUCAUCGCGUACGGCACGUGCGGCGCGCGCGUGUCGGCGGCCAAGCUGCUGUUCUACUACUGGCCGCCCUUCGACGCCAAACUGUUCGACAGGAAGGGACUGCUGUGCAAAUUCGCCAACGACCUGGUCCCGUUCUUCUGCCAACGCGACAUGUGCCCCAACGCCGGGUCGGCCGAGGCGGCGAAGGUGUGCUACGACCACUGCAUCAGCGUCACCUUCGCGUCCGACACGCCGCCGCCGCUCUAUCUGUGCAUCGAGUGCGCCAAUGAGAUACACAGAGAACACCCCAAUCAACGGUUUUUUGAUAUCUUGCAUCCUCAGCAGCAAGUAUCGAUGGUCUGCGAAAAUAAGAAUUGUCGUUCAGCAGACAAGGCUGCAUACUCGAUUUGCUUCUCCAACGAAUGUGCCAGUUACAACGGAAAUCAUCCUAUUCGAUACUGCCAGCAGUGUCACGGCAACCGCCACAACAGCCGGCGCGGCGGCGACCACGUGGUGCACACGCGCCUGCCGCCCGCCUGGCAGAUGGACAGCGACAUGCAGACCAACCUGGUCGAGGCCAUCAUCAGCCUGUUAAAGGAAGCAAAACCAAUAAACAUGGAGGACCCGGACAGUUCCACGGAGGCGGUCAAGUCGACACUCAGCGUCAGCCUACCUGACCCCAUACCAGUUGAGGACAGACAAUUACUUGGAAGAUACGGCGUUUGGUUAAUGGUGGGUCUCUGCACUCCGAACCCCGACACUCCAGACGAGGUGCUGGGCCGGCUACUGUCUGUCCUCUUCCAUUGGUUCCACGUCACCUCAUUCUCUUAUACAGGUGAAAUAGCCAACACAGUGGAGAAGUUAAAGUCAGAGCACGUGUGUCCGUGGUUACGCAACAUCGCCGACAAGCACCGGCGCGUGCUGACGGCGUGCCUGCUGCCGCACCCGCCGCAGCACAUGCGCGUGGCGGGCCACUGGGACAACCUCGGCUCCAAGAUCGCGCACCUCAAGGACGGCCUCAACCGACUAUAUUGCCUGAUCCCGUACGGCAUCAUCACUCAGUCCAUUUGGGAUUACAUCAUGCCGCAUUGGAUGGAGGCCAUCUGCGAAGAUGUUCCAGAAAAAGAACUCCUGGAGUUGAAAGUGUCGGUGGCGAAGAUCCUGGAGCCCGACGGCAGCAUGGUGGGCGUGGAGGAGCGCGACCUGUACAACUUCGCCAUACUCAAGGCGUCCGACAAACCGUUGCCCGACACCGUGCUGCCUGUGCUCGAGUGGUUCCAGACGAUAUCGCUACUGGAAGUGAAGACGCCGUUAUCUACUCUGUUCGACCUGUUCAGUCACUGCGUCGUCAACCUGCCAGAGAAGAUCUGCAAACCACCACCAGAAGACAAUAAGCUCAAGGACAAUGGAACGAGUGAACCAACCGCAAAUGGCAAAGAUAAAGAGAAAGAUGACGAGACGAAGCCGCAGAAUCUGACAUGUUGCAUUCUGAUGCUUGAUAUCCUUCUUAAACAGAUGGAGCUCCAACAGCACCGCAUCAACAUACAAAACGUAAGCAGCGAGGCCACAAAGCUGUUGCGACUGAUGCUGAAGUCCAACCAAAUGAAUACCAUUGAACACGCGGAGUGUCGGUCGGCGGGUGCGUGCGCGUACUGCGAGGCGGCGGCGCUGUGCCACCAGCUGGCGGUGCGGCUCGUACGCACGCUGGUGCCGCACGCGCCCGCGCAUCAUUCAGAGCCGUCAAUCGAGGAAGCAUGGUCCGAAUCCCACACAAAGAAGAACCAAUCAGAAGACGAGCGCAGCAAGUCCGGCGGAACGCCCGCGACGUCCGUGGACGCUUUGAUGACUAUCGCGCACCCGCUGGCUGAGAAGGGUUCUGUAGGAGGCGUGCUCGUUCAUAUGCCGCAUUUUGUUCAUUUCAUGCAAAUGUCACUAAUAAGCGACAUCGGGUCGGACGCCACACUGACAAAAUCGUCUGGCGAUACGCAAAUAAUGACGGCGACGGUGGAGACGAUCACGGAACAGCUGGACAUGGCGGUAUCGCUGCCGCCGGCGGAGCAGCCGCCCACGGCCACGGCGCACUCCAUCACACUGACCGACACCGAUGUCGCUACGGCUACUGCUAACGUAUCAACACCAAAUCUACUGGGUCAGAAUGAAGGAGACUCUGUGGAUGAUGACAUGACAAACUUCUGGCCCACUUCAGCGGGCAAGUUUCACUUCUGCAUCGACGAGCUUCCGCAGGAGCUUCAAUACAUUCAUCAGUUGCUGCAGGAGCUCAAGAACACGAAACGUCCCGAUGUGCUGUACCACCUCCUGCAGUGUCUUCAGGUGUUGGUCCUCAACACAGACGCCCUGGCAGAACACAAGGGCUUCUUGAUUUGGUGUCAGGAGAACCUCCUCAUCGACAACCUUUGGAACGUGUGCGACGCGGCGCAGUCGCACAUCAGCUCGGUGGCGGUGCCCGUGCUGCUGCACUGCGUGACGCUGGCGGGCGGCGCGGACGUGUUCUGCGCGCUCGUGCGCGACGCCUUCCACCACCCCGACCCGCAGCGGCGGUUCACGGCCGUCGAGCGCGUCACCAUGCUCAUAAGGUUCAUGGAUGGUUCUCCGAUAAAGUCCAGCCUGCCGCUGCAGGCCGCGCUGGCGACGGCGUUCUGCUACCUCAUCUCCAGCAUGGACGACAUCAAUGUUUAUGUGGCGCAAAGAGCCACGCUGUACAUCGGGACCAUACACGACAAUGCCAUUGAGUUACUACUUUAUUGUCUCGAGACUCAGUUCGACCUGGUCAUAGUGGACCGUCCGAUGAUACUUCAGUCGAUCUACCAGCUACACAACACGCUAAGCGAUCGCCGCAUUCUUACCUGGGAGUUCUUCCUUAACCGUUUUGAAGCAUUGCUUCUUGAAGCGCAGAUCAAUUCUAACAAGAAUGUGGACUAUUCAAGUUUGCGUGAUUUAUUGUCGCGGUCAGAGUGGGUAGAAGCACGUGUGCGACGUGCGCAUGAAGCACUAGCGGGCGCGCCGCGCUCUCUAGCCGCGUCGUUCGGCGCCAAGUGGCCGUACAAGCGCACCGUCUCCGCGCCCGCUGCCGUGCCGCCUCAGCCGCACGCGGUGUUUGCGCCGACCGAGAGGGAGAAGGUAUACUCGCGCCAGUACUCCGCGCCGCUGCUCAAGCGGAAGACGUCGCGAUUUGGUUUGGGUCUGGGACAGCUGCUCACCACGCCACAGGCGCCGCCUGCCACGCCGCGCUCCAACAACACACACGAUUGUAUGCACUCGUUGUCGGGACGUUCGACGGACGACACGGUGACCACGGUGCUGCCCAAGGCGGUGGAUCUGGAGGAGGCUGACAAGGAGACCACCAAUUUACUGGUCUUUCUGUUGAUGCAGUUUUUGUCCAGAUCCGACCAGGCGCAUCCCACAGACGACAAGUCGUGCCUGAAGACGCAAGAGCUGGUUCUGCGCCAUCUGUUCCUACUGCUGGGAUACAACUCGAUGGAGAGAUUCUUUACUAUUUCACCACAUACUUUGAGAAUGUCGUCCAUCUUCAACGCGUUCAUGGCCAACUUGCCGCAAGUGCUGGACCAGAACCAUGUGAUGGGAGCCAGCAUUGCGGAGCCUACCCUCAUGUUACUGCAGCACUGCAUCCGGCCUGCUCUGUACAGCAGUAACAGCGCGGCGGCGGUGCACUCGCUCGCCGCGCUGGAGCCGCACGUGCGCCGCCACUGGCUCAUGGCGCUGCUGGUGGUGCUGUACAAGUACCACUACAGCAGCGGCGCUCUGUGCGAGCUGGCGGGCGCUCUCGUGCGCGCCGUGCUGCAGUCGGUGGAGGCGCAGCACCAUCAGUGCAAGCGCAUCCCGCCCGUGCUGCUGUUGCCGCAGCAGCAGCCGCGCCCGCACUGCUCGCAGCAGCACCACGCUAGAGAAAGUCGUGAAGUACCACUCAAAGUGGACGAGCCAACGACGCACAAGUCGCCUGCGCACUGGCCAGAACCACCAGAACCUGCCAAAUACCAACAAUGGAGCCUGGAGCAAGAGUCGUCAGAGAGCGAGCUGAUCGCCAUCCCGGAGACCAGCGACAAGUCCGACACCACGGUGCACGGCAGCACGGCCCCCGGUUCAUUCGACGAGCCGUCUCACUACGAGGAACCUCCGCCCACCGCGCCGCCUCACGGGGUCUCUUACCCUGGAUUUGGGAAAGCCCCGGCAGUGGGCUCGCGUUCCGCGCACCAGCUGUCCACCAGUUCAUCCGUAUCGAUCGGCAGCGAUUCAUCCAACUUGAAGUCCACGCCCAUGAGUGGGCAGUCGGUGGAGAUCUGGCCCGACCAACUGCACCAGCAGCACUCGCCGCGGACCAAGAUACUCGGCAAGCAGAAGCGGAUCGUUGUUGGGAGCAGCACAUCUCCGGACACGGCGGCGUCGUCCAACGGAGACGCGCUCGCGCAGCCGCAGCAACACGCCCUGCUACGUAGCCCGGGAGUGGCGUACGCGUCGCCCGAGUCGCCGCUGUCAAAGAUGGAGGUGGCGUGGAGCGGCCCCUCCCCGCACCCGCCGCCGCCGCCCGCGCACCCCUUCCACAUACCGCCGCCCGCGCCCGAAAGAUUGCUGCCCAUCGGGCCGAAGCCCAACAAGGAGCAGUACCCGGUGUUCAACGCGCUGGUAGACCGCGUGCGAGAGGCUCUCAACAUACCUGACGUGUUUUCAGACUCGUCCGAGCGCACGGACUCGAGCGAGGCAGAGCUGACGCCCGCGCGCCCGCACCGCCUGGCCGACCGCCCGUCCUCCGAGAGCUUCCGUUCUCCUCGUCGCCUGGCUCGCCAAGCGGCCCAGCUGGGCUCUCCCCCGCCCGCCGCGCCGCAACCCCCGCAGCCCCCGCAGCCCCCGCCACCGCCACAGAACCCCGCGCCGAGACCGGCCCGGCCGCUCUCUACAGACAGUGGGCAGGCUUGGUGGGGCGGCACGCGACGUGCGGCGCGCCGAGCCGCACACGCGCAGCCCGCGCCAUUGCGGCCCGACGCCACUCUACGGUAUCGAUGUGGUGAAUGCGGUGGCGCAGUGGAGCAGUACAGUGACGAGGAGCUGGGGCUGUGUGUCAUAGUGCUGGCCACCUUCGUGCGCCGCGAGCCCGCCGCCGCCGCCACUCUGCUGCCGGCCUUGCUGCACAGCGUCACUAGGGUAGUUCAGUUGGGCAGUUACUCGUGGCAGGCGGAGAGCAGCACUCGGCUGCCGGGCAGCGCGGUGUUCGUAGCGCACCAGUUCCUGCGCUGCGUGCUGCACCAGCUGGCGCCGCACAACGUGUUCCUGCAGCUGUUCCUGCAGCGGACUCCGGAAAAACAGCGUCAAAUGUUCUUCAAAAGUGUUGCGCAGGCGUUUGUGGACUUCAACGAGUUGUACCCUUGCGGACCUCUGCAGCUGCUUAUCGAGCAUCUCAACUCCAAGAAGACGUUGCCGAUUGACCAAAUGGGUGUGAUAGCGGGCAACAUGGCGAUGUACCUGGAGUGCCUGGCCCCGGAGGCGCUGGGGCCCGUGAGCGCGUGCGGUGCGCUGCUGGCGGCCCUGGACACGCUGCUGAGAGCAGUAGCACUCCAGCUGCCGCAGCUGGAUGAUGCGCUGCCACUGCUGAGGGUCUGCGCUGCUGCGCUGCGGGUGCCGGCGGCCACUCACCACAAGAGCCUGUUGGAGCCCAUGUCGAAGAUAGUGUCGUACGCGGUUCAGAACUGCGCCGUGAGGCUGAGUGCACUGAUCGAGGUGGGCGCGGGCUGCGUCAGGGCGUUCGCGCGCGACCGCGACAAGUUGCUGCUGUGCCGCGUGCUGGUGUACGAGCUGCUGCACGCGCUGCGCACCAAGACCACUGUGCCCGAUGACAACCUCUUCGUGUUGCUGCAAUUUGUGCUGCAGGGUCACGGCUCCACGCUGCUGCUCCCCCCGCAACUGAACACGGGGGAGCUGCUGUCGGGCUGCGGCGGGCCCGAGGCGCGCGACCUCGGCAGCGGGCCCGUGGACUGCAUGCGGCCGCACCUCGCCGACAUGAUCGAUCUGCUGCAUGACCCCAAUCUGCUUAACAAGAUCAAGGGCUCCGUUUCCAAAUCAAUAGUGAACAGAAACCUCAUUUGCCUCAACGAAGACACCCUGGGCGCGAUAGUGAAGGGUGGCAUCGCUCAGUACGUGGCGAUGGAGCUGGCCUUGGAACAGAGCCGCGGCAAGCAGGACCGGGGGCCCACGAGACACAUGAUGCCCUGGCUCACUACCAGCUUGCCCGGGUCGCGCGACGUGAGCGAGUGCGUGGGGCGGGCGCGGCUGGUGUCGUGGGUGGUGCUGGGCGCGCUCAGCAACGCGCGCACGCACCCGCUGCAGCUGCCCGUGCCGCUGGACGCCUCCUGCCACCUCACCGACCACAUCCAGACAAUAAUGUCGUCGUACGUGGAGCAGGCGCAGGACGCGGCGGGCGGGCAGCGCAUGAGCGCGCUGUGCGGCGCCUUCCUGCUGUGCCAGCUGUGGACGCUGUACGUGUGGCGCUGCGGCGCGGCGGCGGCGCCCGCGUCCGAGCCGCAGCACGCCGCGCACGCGCUGCUGCUGCACUUCUGGUGCAAGCUGGUGCCCACGCUCACGCAGCUCACGCACGCCAGCAAGCUGUUGGCUGAAACGGUGAACCUGCACUUUCUGAGCCUGCUGGAGUCGCUGCUGGAGUGCAACUCCACCGUGCUGAACAAACUGCUGCCUCUCUGGACGCCCAUACUGCAUUCGCCACUCUUCAAUAUGCCGCCGCACGUGGCGCAGCGGCUGGAGGCGUGUCGCGAGAUGCAGCCGGAGCCGGCGGGCGGCGCGGCGGCGGGCGAUGCGGCGGCGCGCGAGCACCGCCGGCUCUACCGCCUGCUCACCAAGAUGGCGCAGCUGGAGCUGCAGCCGCACUCCUUCUACUUCAUAUAAUGUCGUCGUGAUGGACGCCCACUGCUGGUCCUAGGCCUAUUUUAAUAGUUUAUUGUUUAUG